AUGGUUAACUUCAUUAUCACCACGCUUUUUGCUCUAUCAACCUUUGCUCUCGCUGCUCCUGCUCCCUUGGAAUCUGGUGCAGAUUAUCCUGAUGAGGUGGUUCUGCUAACCGCGUGCGACAAUGGCAAAACGGGAAUAGAAUUAAAGAUUCAAGAUCGCAUGUUUUACUAUCAAGACGAUUACGCCCGCCGCAGGGGCGAGAAAUAUCAAGACAAAGUCCUCCAAACACAAAUUCACGACCCCAGUAGACAUGACGGUUUCAACUACCACAUAGACUGGGACGCCGGGAAAUCCCAGGACGAUGCUAUUUCCGCCCGCUUCCCUAAUUCUAACCACCAAUUCAAAGUAUGGGGUCUUCCAGCCGAUGGCGCUAAGGGCACUAAAGCGAAUCUUCCGGUUGCUGGAAAUGCCCAGCUAGAUGGGGCACCAUUUAAGUGCUACAAGGAAUCGAGCUUCGGGAAGGAUACCGACGGGUUCAAAUGCCGCCUGAUCUUCAGCUGCACCCGAAUUCAGCGAGAGGUCCGCUUCACUAACAUCACCCUCGACGACGAACCUGUCAUUGUCUCGAAUUCUAAAUGCCCGAGUAGUGGGGGAGUGAAGAAUGCGUCCCCAAAGCCGAUCAACGCCAAAGAUGCCUUCGCGAAUCUCAGAGAAGCAGUAAAGAACCGGCUGACCACCAAAGAAUAUGAUAUUGGCGGAUCGAAUUGCAAGAUCAUUUUCCCUACCCUCAAAAUUCCAAGGGCUUCACCUGGUUACAACGAUACGACGCCAGAACAGAUUGCAGACAUUUUGAUCAAAGAAAUUGGCGCAAAGGUAGAGGCUAAAAGGACUAAGGGCAACAAAGUCUGCCCUGGAGGACGCUUCGACAAGCACCAACUCAGCUGGGAGCAAGUGCUGUAUCCACGAGCGGGCAGGUUCGAAAUCCAAAUUGCUGCGCAAACAAACCAGCAAUGGCAUGAGCAGACUACCGUCGAGUUCAGAGUGCGUUGUCCUUGCUCUGAUAAUAGUGGUGCGUUGAGCUGGCUCCAGGGAAUCCUUGGUGUCGCAUCUUUUACACCAUAUAUUGGCCAGGUUUUUGGUAUUGCUUCUGCUGGCGUAACCAUUGCAAGCCUGGCUACGGGAGCUUGCGAUGCGAAAUGAAAAAGAGAGGAGAUUUCCGAAGAAAGGUGGUCUUAGGUCAUUAAUUUCACUUCUUGUACAGAUCCCUUCCUAAUACCCAAGUCUACGGUUUUCAAUCCAGAUAUAUUCCCUCCAUUUAUUCAUUCUUGUGGAGUUGCACUAUUUGUCAUUCUCUUUUCAUUUUCUCCCCCUACUCAAUUGUCA